AUGAGUGCGCUCGACGACGCUGACAGGAACCCUGCAGGGGAGGGUCGGGGCGGGGGUGGCAUGGCGGGUGGUUGGUGGCAUGAGCUGAAGGCGUGUGGCUGCACUGUUACGGCCAUCCGCGUCUAUGCAUGUCGGUGCUGCUCGGGUGUGUGUGGUGGGUACAAGGAGGGGUACAAGGAGGGGUACAAGGAGGGGUACAAGGAGGGGUACAAGGAGGGGUACAAGGAGGGGUACAAGGUGGGGUACAAGGUGGGGUACAAGGUGGGGUACAAGGUGGGGUACAAGGUGGGGUACAAGGAGGGGUACAAGGUGGGGUACAAGGUGGGGUACAAGGAGGGGUACAAGGUGGGGUACAAGGUGGGGUACAAGGAGGGGUACAAGGAGGGGUUCAAGGUGGGGUUCAAGGUGGGGUACAAGGUGGGGUACAAGGAGGGGUACAAGGAGGGGUACAAGGUGGGGUACAAGGUGGGGUACAAGGUGGGGUACAAGGUGGGGUACAAGGAGGGGUACAAGGUGGGGUACAAGGUGGGGUACAAGGAGGGGUACAAGGAGGGGUUCAAGGUGGGGUUCAAGGUGGGGUACAAGGUGGGGUACAAGGAGGGGUACAAGGUGGGGUACAAGGUGGGGUACAAGGUGGGGUACAAGGAGGGGUACAAGGUGGGGUACAAGGUGGGGUACAAGGUGGGGUACAAGGAGGGGUACAAGGUGGGGUACAAGGUGGGGUACAAGGUGGGGUACAAGGAGGGGUACAAGGUGGGGUACAAGGUGGGGUACAAGGUGGGGUACAAGGAGGGGUACAAGGUGGGGUACAAGGUGGGGUACAAGGUGGGGUACAAGGAGGGAUACAAGGUGGGGUACAAGGUGGGGUACAAGGUGGGGUACAAGGAGGGGUACAAGGUGGGGUACAAGGUGGGGUACAAGGAGGGGUACAAGGAGGGGUACAAGGAGGGGUACAAGGUGGGGUACAAGGUGGGGUACAAGGAGGGGUACAAGGAGGGGUUCAAGGUGGGGUACAAGGUGGGGUACAAGGUGGGGUACAAGGUGGGGUACAAGGUGGGGUACAAGGAGGGGUACAAGGAGGGGUUCAAGGUGGGGUUCAAGGUGGGGUACAAGGUGGGGUACAAGGAGGGGUACAAGGAGGGGUACAAGGUGGGGUACAAGGUGGGGUACAAGGUGGGGUACAAGGUGGGGUACAAGGAGGGGUACAAGGUGGGGUACAAGGUGGGGUACAAGGAGGGGUACAAGGAGGGGUACAAGGUGGGGUACAAGGAGGGGUACAAGGUGGGGUACAAGGUGGGGUACAAGGAGGGGUACAAGGAGGGGUUCAAGGUGGGGUUCAAGGUGGGGUACAAGGUGGGGUACAAGGAGGGGUACAAGGAGGGGUACAAGGUGGGGUACAAGGUGGGGUACAAGGUGGGGUACAAGGUGGGGUACAAGGUGGGGUACAAGGAGGGGUACAAGGUGGGGUACAAGGUGGGGUACAAGGUGGGGUACAAGGAGGGGUACAAGGUGGGGUACAAGGUGGGGUACAAGGUGGGGUACAAGGAGGGGUACAAGGUGGGGUACAAGGUGGGGUACAAGGUGGGGUACAAGGAGGGGUACAAGGUGGGGUACAAGGUGGGGUACAAGGUGGGGUACAAGGAGGGAUACAAGGUGGGGUACAAGGUGGGGUACAAGGUGGGGUACAAGGAGGGGUACAAGGUGGGGUACAAGGUGGGGUACAAGGAGGGGUACAAGGAGGGGUACAAGGAGGGGUACAAGGUGGGGUACAAGGUGGGGUACAAGGAGGGGUACAAGGAGGGGUUCAAGGUGGGGUACAAGGUGGGGUACAAGGUGGGGUACAAGGUGGGGUACAAGGUGGGGUACAAGGAGGGGUACAAGGAGGGGUUCAAGGUGGGGUUCAAGGUGGGGUACAAGGUGGGGUACAAGGAGGGGUACAAGGAGGGGUACAAGGUGGGGUACAAGGUGGGGUACAAGGUGGGGUACAAGGUGGGGUACAAGGAGGGGUACAAGGUGGGGUACAAGGUGGGGUACAAGGAGGGGUACAAGGAGGGGUACAAGGUGGGGUACAAGGAGGGGUACAAGGUGGGGUACAAGGUGGGGUACAAGGAGGGGUACAAGGAGGGGUUCAAGGUGGGGUUCAAGGUGGGGUACAAGGUGGGGUACAAGGAGGGGUACAAGGAGGGGUACAAGGUGGGGUACAAGGUGGGGUACAAGGUGGGGUACAAGGUGGGGUACAAGGUGGGGUACAAGGAGGGGUACAAGGUGGGGUACAAGGUGGGGUACAAGGUGGGGUACAAGGAGGGGUACAAGGUGGGGUACAAGGUGGGGUACAAGGUGGGGUACAAGGAGGGGUACAAGGUGGGGUACAAGGUGGGGUACAAGGUGGGGUACAAGGAGGGGUACAAGGUGGGGUACAAGGUGGGGUACAAGGUGGGGUACAAGGAGGGAUACAAGGUGGGGUACAAGGUGGGGUACAAGGUGGGACAGGCCUACAAGGGCGUGCCUUGCCUGCCUGCUCCAAGGCCGGUUGGUGCCAUGUCUGCAGGUCAGGGCGUGGGGUUUUGGUGGGGGAAUGAUGACAUGGGGGGGUGA